UUUUCCCCUCCUCCAGCAGCCCCCCCCUUCGGGAGAACACUCCUCAAUCCCCCCCUUUCUUCCGCAAACCCCCAACUUUUCUCCUUAAAACCCCGACUUUUCUCCUCAAAAACUCAUCCCCUUCCUGCCCGCUCGAAAAAAAGUAACUUUUUCCUCACAAAAAGCUACUUUUCUCCUCAGGAGCGAGCUAUCCCCUUUCCUUGUUACCUCCCCUUUUCCUCCUCAAAACCCCCACUUUCUCCUCAAAACCCCCACUUUCCUCCUCAAAAACUCAUCCCCUCCCUACCCGCUCGGAAAAAAAGUAACUUUUUCCUCACAAAAAGCUACUUUUCUCCUCAGGAGCGUGCUAGCCCCCUUUCCUCCUCAAAAUCCCCACUUUUCUGCUUAAAACCGCGACUUUUCUCCUCAAAACCCCAACUUUUCUCCACAAACCCCCCACUUCCCUUCUCUAAAACUCAUCCCCUCCCUGCCCGCUCGAAAAAAAGGAACUUUUUCCUCACAAAAAGCUACUUUUCUCCUCAGGAGCGAGCUAUCCCCUUUUCCUUCUCAACUCCCCCUUUACACCCCGACUUUUCUCCUCAAAACCCCGACUUUUCUCCUGAAAACCUCCACUUUUCUCCUCAAAACCCCCACUUUCCACCUCAAGAACUCGUCCCCUCCCUGCCCGCUCGAGAAAAAGUAACUUUUUCCUCACAAAAAGCUACUUUUCUCCUCAGCGAAGGGCUGCCCCCCCCCCUCCCCGCGCCGCGUCUCCUCAGCCCGCCCCGGCGGGGGGCGCGGGGCCGGGCCGCGCUGAGGGAGGAGGAGGAGAGGGGGGAAGAAGAAGAAGGAGAAGAGGAGGAGGAGGAGAAGGCGGGGAAGCGGCCCCGCUCCGCUCCUCGGCGAGCUCAACAAAGGGCCGUCGGGGCAUGGCCGGGGCCGGGGCCGGGCCGCCCGCCUAGCGCCGGGUGCGGGAUGGCGCUGCAGGGCGGCGGGUGGCGGUGGGCGCUGGCGCUGGGGAUGGCGCUGGCCCUGGGCGGCCGCCGCUGCCCCGCCGCCCCGCUCCUCAACGCCUCGGCCGUUCCCGAGCGCUGCCGCCGCCCCGCGUCCUGCGAGCGGCUCCGCUACGGCGCCUGCCUGGGCUCCGCGCUGCCUUACGCCGCCACCUCCACGUUGCUGGCGACCGAUUCGGCUUCGCAGGAGGAGGCGCACGGAAAGCUGCUGCUCUGGUCCGGCCUGCGCAACGCCCCGCGCUGCUGGGACGUCAUCCAGCCGCUGCUCUGCGCCGUCUACAUGCCCAAGUGUGAGGACGGGCAGGUGGAGCUGCCCAGCCAGACCCUCUGCCAGGCCACCCGCGCGCCCUGCACCAUCGUGGAGCGCGAGCGCGGCUGGCCCGACUUCCUCAAGUGCACCACCGACCGCUUCCCCGAGGGAUGCCCGAACGAGGUGCAGAACAUCAAGUUCAACAGCUCGGGGCAGUGCGAGGCGCCGCUGGUGCGGACAGACAACCCCAAGAGCUGGUACGAGGACGUGGAGGGUUGUGGCAUCCAGUGCCAGAACCCGCUCUUCACUGAGAAGGAGCACCGCGAGAUGCACGUCUACAUCGCCGCCUUCAGCUCCGUCACCAUCUUCUGCACCUUCUUCACCUUGGCCACAUUUGUCGCUGACUGGAGGAACUCCAACCGCUACCCUGCUGUCAUCCUCUUCUACAUCAACGCCUGCUUCUUCGUGGGCAGCAUCGGCUGGUUGGCGCAGUUCAUGGACGGUGCACGCGAUGAGAUCGUGUGCCGGGCCGAUGGCACCAUGCGGCUGGGGGAGCCUACCUCCAACGAGACGCUCUCCUGCGUCAUCAUCUUCGUCAUUGUGUACUACUCACUGAUGUCGGGUGUCAUCUGGUUCGUCAUGCUGACAUAUGCCUGGCACACCUCCUUCAAGGCGCUGGGCACCACCUACCAGCCGCUGCUGGGCAAGACCUCCUACUUCCACCUCAUCACCUGGUCCAUCCCCUUCGUCCUCACCGUGGCCAUCCUGGCCGUGGCGCAGGUGGAUGGUGACUCUGUCAGCGGCAUCUGCUUCGUGGGGUACAAGAACUACCGCUACCGGGCCGGCUUUGUGCUGGCGCCCAUCGGGCUCGUCCUCGUCGUGGGUGGCUAUUUCCUCAUCCAGGGGGUCAUGACGCUCUUCUCCAUCAAAAGCAACCACCCCGGGCUGCUGAGCGAGAAGGCGGCCAGCAAGAUCAACGAGACCAUGCUGCGGCUGGGCAUCUUCGGCUUCUUGGCCUUUGGCUUCGUCUUCAUCACUUUUGGCUGCCACUUCUACGACUUCUUCAACCAGGCAGAGUGGGAGCGCAGCUUCCGGGAAUACGUCCUGUGUGAGGCCAACGUGACCAUUGCCACGCAGACCAACAAGCCCAUCCCGGACUGUGAGAUCAAGAACCGUCCGAGUCUGCUUGUGGAGAAGAUCAACCUCUUCGCCAUGUUCGGCACCGGCAUCUCCAUGAGCACCUGGGUCUGGACCAAGGCCACCCUCCUCAUCUGGAAACGCACCUGGUGCAGGCUGACGGGGCAGAGUGACGACCAGCCCAAGAGGAUCAAGAAGAGCAAGAUGAUCGCAAAAGCCUUCUCCAAGCGCAAGGAGCUGCUGCGCGACCCGGGCCAGGAGUUGUCCUUCAGCAUGCGCACCGUGUCACACGACGGCCCCGUGGCCGGGUUAGCAUUUGACAUCAAUGAGCCGUCGGCUGAUGUGUCCUCGGCCUGGGCCCAGCAUGUCACCAAGAUGGUGGCCAGGAGAGGAGCCAUCCUGCCCCAGGACAUCUCCGUGACACCCGUGGCGACACCUGUGCCACCGGAGGAGAGGGCCAACCUCUGGGUGGUGGAGGCCGACGUCUCCCCCGAGCUGCAGAAGCGCAGUGGCCGCAAGAAGAAACGGAGGAAGAAGAAGAAAGAGGUGUGCCCGAGCCCUGAGCGCUGCCUUGGGGACCCCGCAGCCCCCCUGGCCCCCAGCACCGUCCCUCGGCUGCCCCGCCUGCCCCCCCAGCCCUGCCUGGUGGCCUUUGUCCCCGAUGUCCCCCUGGGGCCCUGCCAGCCUGAAGCCACCUUCGCCAGGGGACCAUGGGACGGCCGCCGCAGAGCCAAUGUCUUCCACCUCAUCAGCAACCCCUUCUGCCCCGAGAGCGGCUCCCCGGAGGAGGAGCACCCCGGCCCCAGCAGCGGGCACUGGCAGCACAACGGGGGUCCCCGCUGGCCCCCAGACCCAGCGCCCCUGCCCCACGGCCGAGGCGGGACGAGGACUCCAGGCCGACGGGCUGGCUUGGCCCCCAUCCACUCGCGGACCAACCUGGUGGAUGCCGAGCUGCUGGACGCCGACUCGGACUUUUAAGCCUGUCAGGACGUUAGGAGGGGAUGGGGACACCUGGGGUGAGACCCGAAGCCUCAUCCCACACAAGGGGACACCGAACGCCACCCUGUCCCGCUGGGACCAGUCCCGAGUGUCUCUCCGGCCCAGCCACGGCUGAUUUCUCCCCUCAGAGGACAGCGUUUCUCCUCACAUCGCCCGGACAGACUCCAUGCACGUUCCAGGCUGCUGGUAGAAAGGUUUUGGGGUCCUCCCUGGCAUCACUGGCAGAAGAGAAACAGGGGGUCGGUGGAACAAACCCCACCCAGGUCCUGCAGGGAGUUAAGGACAAGGGGGACGCUGCUUUUGCCACCGACAGGAGCGGGUGGCUCCCCCGGGACAGCGGGUGAACGCAGCUCAGGGUAGAUUUUGAGCUUUGUCCCACGUUUUGGGGUGCUGGGACCUGCUGGCACCCCUCACUCACCCCCUUGCCCCCCCACGGCUAGACGGUACAUAGAGCUUCCAAACACUUGUGCCAAUAGGGGUUUUUUAUUUUGAAGUUUUAAAUUUUUGUGUGGUACACCGAGGCGUGGCGGGCGGGCACGGCCUCCGCUCGGGGCUGCGGCCGAGAGCGGCAUGAGCCGACCCCCCCGGCACAGGGGUGGCACCGGUAUUCCCGGGGUGCACCCGUUUCUCUGGGUACACCCGUAUAUUUUUUCAGGGCUCCCAAAGUGCCUGCCAGCUCCCCAGAGAGCUGAACCAGACCCAAAAAGGAGGGUUGGUGGGGUGACGGUCAGAAAAACAGGUGCUCCCUCCGCCACAAUGCAAAACAAUAAUAAAACUUUAAAAACUCGGGGUGCACAAGGCGAACCAGGGUCACCUUUGCUGUCUGAGUGCAACAACCCUUGGAGUAAAGCUUUUUAUAAUUUUUAUUAAGAAAAAAUAACCCCGAAUUACAGUGAAUGCGGCUGAACCCUGAGGCAGGAGCUACUCCAGUCCCUGCUGGGUUUUAUCUGCCUGUUAUCCCCCUAUACAUGUGUAUGAAAUCCCGGUAGGCUCCUGGCUCUCCCGCUAUCCCGGUGACAACCAUGGGUUAAUUUUUGCUGUAUAAAGGAAAAUUGUCCUGUAUCAGUAUUAAAUUUGCCAAGUUUCCGUU